AUGUCGCCCUUGAUCUUCUAUAGUGAUUUCGAGACUGCCUGGUCGAACACGGGCACGAAGAGGGAGCGCUUCGGGGAAAACCAAGCGGACAAGCAAUGGGCAGCAUUCGUUGAUCUGAUCAACAGGCCUUGGUUCUCGCGGCGUUGGACGGUUCAAGAGGCUGUUUUAUCUAACCAGAAAUACGCUCACUUGGGUAGCCGGACCUUUUGUUUGGGCUAUCUCGUGUGGCUCUGUGGGUUUGGGUCUCUUCAGCUGAAAUUCUACCACUUACAUAAAGAGCCAUUAGAGUAUAGCGAAUGCCGAAGAUGCAUUUACGAGAGGAGACAAACCAUCUCUCACUUUGGAAAGGCCAUUAGACAACUUUCAGGACUCGAGUCUUUUGAUGCCCGAGACGGUGUUUAUGCCUUCUUGUCAAUGGCAAGUGACAUUGACACGGAGGAAUGGUUUCCAGACUACUCAGACCAAGCUACAACUAUGCAGAUCUUUGCCAAAGCUGCAUUGCAUAUCAUACAACAGACUGGAAGUCUAGAUAUCAUCUGUAGACGCAUACACGACAGGUCCUUCUCUCUCUCUGUCAGCCACCCUUCCUCCUGGAUCCCGUGGUAUGGCCUUCAGACCAUCGACUUUAUGCCCGAACAUUCACAUUGGUUGUCGUCCAAAGCCCUGCCCGACAGGCAGUAUUGCUCGACUCGAUGGAGAGAGAUGAUCUUCUGCGACGGAUGCCACAGCAAAAUACAAGGCACAGGGUACGCGUGCGUCGACUGCGAGAAAGUCGAUUUCUGCUACAAAUGUAUUGGCACGGGCGGCAUCGUGGCACCUCAUCACAGCCCCACUCAUCGAUUCAAGGCACACAACAACGCGGUCUACUUCGCCUCCGGCCAUUUCGCUGCCCUCGCGCAGAGAUACUCUUCUCAAGAAAAUCUUCGUAACGCCUGCUCAAAGUCAAAGAAUCAUCUGCAACUCGUGGUCCGAGGCUUCUUCGUGGACACAAUAACAAACAUCGGCCUUGGAGGCGUUGUUCAGCGCCAUGUCGACGGUUUUAGGGUCGAAUCGCCUUGGGAGAAUUGGAUUCCGUUGCUGAGAUUAGAUGAGAUUGAUGGCCUCGGCAAUGAAAGAAACUUGAAUGCGGCAUUUCUUAGAGCGCUGUUCGUGAAGAUAUUACACGCGAAUUUCAGCGAUGGCCAGUGGGCGUGCGAUAUGGAGCACACAACUCAACUUCUGUCUUCAAUGGAGGUCAUGGUAUCUAUGAUCGAAGACUGGCAACUUCAACGAAGCAUCUGGGUUUCGUGCCCCCGGAAACUAGCAAAGGAGAUCGCGUAG